AUGGCGUGUUUCGCAAAACUACCCGCCAACAGAAAGUCCACUCCAGCUCCCUUUACUGUGUCGGUUCCAGAGCAACAGCUUAGCGACUUUAAAACUCUAUUGAAGCUGUCCAAAAUUGGACCAAAGACAUACGAAAAUGAAUUGACAGAUGGCCAAUUUGGUAUCAGCCGGGACUGGCUAGUUCAAGCCAAAGCAGAAUGGGAGAAUUGGGACUGGCGCAAAUGCGAAGACCGCAUCAACAGCUUCCCCAACUUCACUCUCCCUAUCAAAGAGGGCGGGGACGUUUUCAAUAUCCAUUUCGUGGCACUAUUCUCCCAAAAGCCUAAUGCAAUCCCUCUUCUCUGCCUGCACGGCUGGCCAGGUAACUUUUUGGAGUUUUAUUCCAUUUUGGAGAUCCUGGCUCAGCGAUACACCCCAGAAACACUCCCGUACCACAUUAUUCUUCCUUCUUUGCCAGGCUAUGCUUUCUCCUCGCCUCCGCCCCUCACACGAGACUUUCAGCUCCAGAACAUCGCGAGUAUUAUGAACACAUUGAUGAUUGAGCUGGGAUUUGGCAAUGGAUAUGCAGUUCAAGGAGGAGAUAUUGGUAGCAAGGUUUCCCGUGUUAUGGCUGCAACUUUUGACACGGUUAAGGCUAUCCAUAUAAACUUCUGCAUCAUGCCCGAGCCCGAGUGUAUCAAGGACGCUCAGAUUAGUGACAUCGAGAAGGAGGGCCUGAAGCGAUCUGAAUCCUUCCUGAACCUCGGCUCUUCAUAUGCUCUUCAACAUGCAACCAAGCCCAGUACAAUUGGACUUGUCCUUGCUUCAAACCCGAUUGCGCUUCUUGCAUGGAUUGGUGAAAAGUUUCUUGCUUGGACCGAUGAGGACCCGUCGCUUGACGAGAUCCUUACUUCAGUUACGCUAUACUGGUUGACGGAGACAUUCCCACGAUCCAUUUACCCAUAUCGACAGCUAUUUACCCCCGGCGUUGUUGGAGCUCACGAGAACCCUGAAUGGUACAUCAAGAAGCAUUUCGGCUACUCAUUCUUUCCGAAGGAGCUUGCACCAAUCCCCCAAGCUUGGGCCAAGACGACGGGCACUCUGGAGUUCUAUCGUCAGCAUGAGAGUGGCGGUCAUUUUGCCGCCAUGGAGAAGCCCGAAGUUUUGCUUGCUGAUGUGGAAGAUUUUCUUAAGCAAGUUUGGGGGCAGUGA